CUGAUAUGGAUACUUUACUGAAACAGAAUGUUUCAAACUUAGUCCAUACCUAAAUGCGGAUACCAUCAGAGUUUGUCCAUUUUGCCGACGAAGAAAAAAUUUACACGUAUUUUUAUGAUAACAGGGUAGCUACACACUGAGCUAUCAAUGGCUGAUGUAAAGAAGCUGGUUUUUUCCAUGAUCCGGUUCUUACAGGACCAGAGAACGCAACUAGAGGAAGAACAAGCCGAGAGUUUAGAAGUCGCAAUUCAGUGUUUAGAGUCAUCAUAUGGUAUUGACACAUCAGAUGAGCAAACAGUGGCCAAGUAUCAACUACAGAAAAAUCUGCUGGAUAUUUUCAAUGCACAGCUUAAUGUAGAGACAGACCAGGAAUUUUCCACAUUAUCACUUCAUGAGGCCACACCUGAAGAGAAAGAAGAGGCUGAGGUUCUGAAAAACAAAGGAAAUGACUUCAUGAAAUCGGAGAAAUUUUCAGACGCAAUACAGUGUUAUUCCCAGGCAUUAAAACUGGAUAAUAAAAAUUCUGUUUAUUAUUGUAAUAGAGCUGCUGCCUACAGCAAAUUAAAUAAACAUAAGAAUGCUAUAGAAGACUGUCAGAGAGCACUGACUAUUGAUCCACUAUACAGUAAAGCUUAUGGUAGAAUGGGGUAAGUAGUCAAUUAGCUGACCUACACUGCAUUAGAGGAUCAUGAGAGUGCUUUAGAAUGUUAUAGAAAAGCUUUGGAGUUAGAUCCUGGCAAUCAAAGCUACCAGAAUAACCUUGAAAUUGCUGAACAAAAGCUACAAGAAAUGGCGGCACAGAGUGGAUUUAACAUGGGUAUGGGAGGAAUGCCGGGUAUGCCAAAUCUGGGGUCAAUGUUGAACAAUCCUGCCAUGAUGCAGAUGGCACAGAGCAUGAUGACUAACCCUGAGAUGCAGAAUAUGAUGUCUAAUUUAAUGCAGAAUAUGGGGGCCGGUGGUGGUGGUGGUGAUUUUGGUUCUAUCAUGCAAAUGGGUCAACAAUUAGCACAACAAAUGCAACAGCAAAACCCAGAAUUAGUCAAUCAACUUCGAUCACAAAUGGGACGACCACCAAACCCAGAUGACCCAGCUGCAGAUCAGCCCCCACCCGGGCCAGAGGAUGGAAAUGGGCAGAUAUGAAAACAUGUUUAGGAAAUUUAGUCACAAUUUUAAACAUCGCAGACAGUUUUAUGUAUGGCAUUUACACACAAUUACCAUUGGACCAAGCAUGUUGGCAGACAUUUUGUUUUGUAUUAAUGUGUUAAAUGUUAAAAAGGAGCUGAUGUUGUUCAUGAAAAUGUUGAUUAUCAAAAUACUUUGUCCGCUGCUUGUACAUUUGCAGAAAAACAAAAAUGUUGUUUAGAACGGAACAUAUAUUUUUAGCCAAUGAAAUCACUAGAUGGUAGUUUAAAAUAAUCACAACUAAUCAGUGAAGUUUAGGCUAUUUGCAGGCUUUUUGGUAGCUCCGCCUUCAACUGUAACAUUGUAGCUCCGCCUUCGACUGUAACAGGGUCACACUUCUUCAGGUGUGUGUAUUUUGAUUAUUAAGUGCAGUGGUUUCAAAAAGGGAUUUCAUUGACUGAAAAUGUAGGCUAAAUUCAAAGUUGGUUAAAAUGUAUUAUGUAAAAUCUUACAGAGCAGGGAGAGGCUUACUCAUGUGUAAUUGCUCCGCCUUCCCUCAAUGAAUUUUUUAACUAUGUUUGUUCUCUAACCGUAUGUCAUAUUUAAUAUUUUUGUAAAUUUGAUAUAUUAAUGGGGGAAAAGGAAUACUCGGUAAUGUUGAUUUAAUAAAUAAUUGAAAAAUAUGGCCAUUGAAAGGUAUAUUAGUUAAACUUAGUGCUAAUUAUAAAUCUUGAUGUGUGUAACAUUAAUUAAAUAAAUUUGAAUGGAGAUAUUUGUAAAAAUGAGAUAAAAUGAAUGACACAAAAAAAUAAAUAUGUUUUAAGAUUUUCUUUUUGUUUGGUUUUAAAUGUUGGAAUUCAAUAUUGUAUCAUGUUGGUUUUUUUUCUCUUUUUUCCAGCAGUUUUCAAAAAAGUUAUAAAAGUUUUAAUCAAAAUUCUAUUUAUUUAUGAUAUAACGUUAUUGUAUUUUAUGGAAAAAUGACAUUAAAUGAAUUAUCAUUAUCAUAUUAAUUAACAAUGUCAUAAUUUUAGAGGACAAUGAAUUUGUAUAAAUGAAUUGUAUAUAAAUUACAGAGCUAAGUUGCUAUUGUAAUAUAGCACAUUUAUCUGUGAAGAAAAAGUAAUGCUAACUGUUGUAUGUUUAAAGGAAUACAAGAUUUAUUUAGUUUUUAAAUGUUCAUUUUGAUGAUGGCAGGACAUUGUUAUUGUAGAAUAUUCCAUCCAUCACUAUGUUGUGAAAAUUUAGCCAAUUUUGUUACUGUCUGUUUCAAAUAAUGACUCGGAAAGCAUUUGAUAGGGUAAUCAUAAUGGUUUCUUGCAUAUUAGACUGGUGUUUCUGUUAGUUUUACCCAUGCCGGAAAUUUCAUCGGGCAAUCUGAUGUGUUUGAAGUUUGGGUCAGAAAUUCCAACUUAAUAAGUUUGUUAUUGCCGUGGUUAGCCCAAAUCAUCUUUGAUUUUGUUGGUGGGCCGUAAAACCAACCACAAACAUCAACAACGUCAUACUAAAUCACAUUAUAUCCAAUACAAAUUACUUACUGUCUGGUCAUAUCUGUAUGUGAUGCAAGUUAUAUGUAUUAUUUUAUUUAUUGCAAAGUAUCUACAGGUCUACAAUGAAAUUAGUCGUUUUUCAGGUUAAAGUUAUAAGUUAUAAAGAUUUUUGACAGGUUGUAUGGUUUAGUUGAAAAUUGGUUAUAAGCUUAUAUAACCCAAGCUGCUUGAUGAGGGUUAUAUUUCAAACCAAUGUUUAUAUGUGGCCAUAUAACCUAUCAGAAAUCUGUAUAAAAUAUUGAUAA